CGCUAAUGUGCGGUGGGCGGCACCAACAUGGCGGCUCUCUGAGUUUGCGAAGAGAAAUUGAGGUGUAAAUAAACUCUUCGUGCACAUUUUGCACAACUUAUCAGCUUAUUUCGCCACUUUCAUUUAUGAGCGAGUACUCUGAAGCCAAAAGAUGUCAGGUGACGGCAGCAAAAAACAGUUCUGGAAGAGAAACACAUCCAAGGUUCCUGGGAAUAUCCAGCAUGUUUAUGGAGCCCAACAUCCCCCAUUUGACCCCUUGCUACAUGCCAAUCUGAUGAAAGCAGGAAACAAGCCUCCGUCUACAACUACGCCAGGAAAACCAAAGAAAGCCACCACCUUCCAAGAGUUUGAGAGCAUCACCAGUGAUGCUUGGGAUGUGGGAGAUGAUGAUGAUGAACUUCUCGCUAUGGCAGCCCAAAAUCUCAACAUUGAGGUCGUCAUGGAGACAGCCAAUAAGGUGAUAGAAAACCACAGCAAGCUGCAGGAAAGAAGACAGCAGCAGAUGGAUAAGAUGACUGAGCCUGACGAAAAAGAUGGACAGGAAGCACACGAGGAAGAGGAGGAAGAGCCAGAUGAAGAGGAUGAGAGAGAGGAAGGGGCAGAGACGACAACAGAUCUGUCGUUCAGUUCAGAGGCUCUUCCACUCAGUGACAAUAGACUGGUGAAGUCACACAGUGAAGCUCCUGUCGGCUCGCCUAAAGAAGUGGGUGUUGAACAGGCAGUACUACACAGACAGCAUUCACUCCCACACAGGCCUGUGAUUCCACUGGUGGCCCGCAUGGCGGAUCAGAACACAUCCGGAACUCCUGCCAUGACCGAGAGAGAGGCGUCAAGACUCGACAAGUUCAGGCAGGUUCUGGCGGGACCUAAUACUGAUCUGGAGGAGCUUCGGAAGUUGAGCUGGUCUGGAAUUCCGCGGCAGGUGCGCCCAAUCACAUGGAAGCUACUCUCAGUAAGUGGAACAGUCUCAGCGCACAGUGAAGUCCUGCUCAAAUGGUCAAGCUCAUUAGAGAACUACAGC